AUGAGUGAGGGAGCAUCACCAUCAGAACAAAUACUCGAAGCAGCACGUAGAAAUAACACCGACCUUUUAGAGGAGGUACUUUCUAAAUUUGCCGAGACACCACAGAAGGCAAUUGAUUUGAUCAACAAUGCCAAAGACUCAUCAGGUAAUGGAGCGUUGCAUUUGGCUGCUAAAUUAGGACAUUACGAGGUGAUGGACCAGCUGCUGGAUAUUGAUGGAGUUGAUGUCAAUAUACAAGCACAGUCCAAUGGAAAUACACCUCUUCAUUACGCUGCGUCAUUUUCAUUCAACGACCCUCAAUACGGCCUUUUCAUUAUUAACGAGUUGAUCAAUUGCGGCGCCGAUCCAUCUAUCCGCAACAAGGAGAACUUGAAACCAAUAGAUAUCAUUGGCAGUUCCAACGAAGAGAUCAAGGAGGCGUUAGAAUCGGCAGAAUAUGCAACGGGAAUUGAUUUGAACGUGGAAGAUAUACCUGAAGAAGAAGAAGAAGAAGAAGAAGAAGAAGAAGAAGAAGACGACGAGGACGAGCAGGAGGAAGGAGGAGAAGGAAAAUGA